GUGAAACAGCUGAGAGUAGAAGAAGUUCUCCUCCCACCCACGACUUUGACGUUAGCAGCAGAAGCAGCAGCAGCAGUUGUCGUGACCUUCCUCCUGCGGCGUGACAAACUGAGAGUUCUCUCCCAGCUGGACGGAGUGUUUAGCUCGGCCUGACACAGCUGAGGGUCAAAGUGUCCAGGGUCCUUCGUGGUGAGGAACAACAUUGAAUGAAGGAGAUGGCCGGGCGCAUGUUCGCGAGCUGGUGGGGCAAGGUGGGCCCGUACUACACAAAGGCCUACCAGGAGCUGUGGGUCGGUAUCGGCAUCAUCUCAUACGCGUACUACAAAAUUUCCUAUGGGGGCAAAAAGGCUGUGAAGGACAAGCCCAACCACUGAGUGUUCCACCAUGUCGACCCCUCUGCUGUUAAAUAAUUGCCCAGUCUCUAGUCCUGAAGUCCAGCUUCUUCAUAUUAGAAUUUUUUCGUUAAUAUGGAACAAAUAAAGUUGUUAUCCAAAACCA